AUAUUUAUGCAUAUAAAAUAUCGUAUUACGUUAUCAGCCAUUCUUUAGGGAAAUAUGGGUUCUAAUACCGCGACUGAUAAUAACGUCACGGGGAACGAAGAUGUUCCAAAUCCACCCAGAAGACGUCGUCGUAUGCGGGAGAGUAAAUGGGACAAUGUAGAGGAAUCGCCUGCCGCUUCCAAUGAUUUCAACGACAAACUUGGCGGUGACGAUAACAAGAAGCGCCACCGUAGAUUAUAUAUUGGCAACCUUCCAUCAGGUACUACGUAUAAGGCCCUAGUGGAGUUUCUUAGUGCCGCACUUCGACUACCUAAUGAUGACAGUGGCCAAACAGUACAAGUUCCACACAUAUCGAAAACCGAAAUAUUUAACGAGGAUCAGGGUUAUUGUUUUUUGGAGUUUUCUACGCCAGAGUUAGCAGAUGCCUGCUUUAAAUUGGAUGGUAUUAAUUUUAAAGGCAAACUUUUGAAGAUACGCCGCCCUAUAGACUAUGGAACGACAUCCAGCUCAGAGGACACUAAAGUCUUCGUUCAAAAUAUUCCUCCAACAAUGAGUGAAGCUGAAGUUAAGGAGCUAUUAGAGAAACAUGGCAAGAUUAAAUCGUCAAAUCUAGUGAAAGAUCUGAAGACUGGCCAGAAUAAAGGUUAUGGCUUCUUUGAAUUUGAUGAUUCUAGAGCUGCCAAAAUGGCUGUGUGCCACUUGAAUGGGCACAUCAUCGGUAAAAAUGUACUUAGCGUUAAGCACGCAGCAUUCAGUUACUUCGCUGCUGGUGGCAAAUUGACCGAUUGCAAGGCAACCAAUUUACCAAACUCUGUAACGCAGUCUAUAUUGAGCAACCCAUUGUUAGGUUUGCAAAUGCAAUCUGGCCGUCGCAUUGGAUCCAAGCCAUCAAGAAUAGUGCAGCUGAUUAAUAUCGUAUUUCAUGAAGAUUUAAUACAGGACAAGAGGUACCAUGAAGUUAAGGAUGCUAUCAUGGAGGAGGCUAAGAAGUAUGGUCAUCUGGAAGACAUUGUGAUCCCGCGUCCAAAUGACGACUUAUCGUACAAAGAAGGUGUUGGCAAGGUCUUCCUCAAGUUUGGCGAUGAAAUUUCGAGCCGUCGUGCCCAGUAUAUGUUGAACGGUCGUGUGUUUGACGGUAACCGUAUAGUGUGCGCUGCAUUCUUUCCGUUAGAUCGCUUCCUCAAGGGAAAGUACACACUUGUAUAGACCUUUAACGCAUAA